AUGAGUUCCAAGGAUCCUGCCCAUUCGCACACCUUCAUCAUCGCCGCCGCUGCUAUCGGGACGAUUUUUAUAGGAUUCGGACUCAAUGGCAUGCUCCGUCCCGAACAAGCCCUCUCCUUUUUCGGUUUCGACCCGCCAGCUCUGCUUCAAGAUAAGAAGGUCGUGAAUGCUUUGGUGGUUGUGGAGAGUGCGAGAGACGUUUUCAUGGGCUUGGCCAUCUAUGCUGCUUCUUAUCACGGCCAUCGCAAAGCGUUGGGCUGGAUCGUGAUUGCUGCUGGUUUGGUCGCUUUUGUGGAUGGUGCUGUCUGUCUCGCUACCGUUGGCCAAGGGCACUGGGUUCACUGGGGUUAUGCUCCCGUGGUGACAAUCAUUGGGGCACUUGGAAUUCUGGAUUAA